CUGACCGUGGUCUUUUCAAUAAUUUCUCAGUUCCUGAUGUGAGGAAAGAGGGCGCCCAGGGGACUCAGCCUCGGGUGGGUCCUCGUGCUGGGCGGGCAAGGGGUUGGUUUAGGAAAGGCACUGGUGCGGCCCCUGGGGCCUUGGGGAGGCGGCCCUCGGGCCUGAACGCCUGCGGGGCGGCGGGCGGUCCGGGCAGCACCGCGGACAGCGCCUUGGUCGGGGGUGGGAGGUUGGGGCGCGGCCCUCGCGCUUGGGAAGGCGCGCCCGCCGAGCGCAUUCCGGUGCGUCGUCGUCUCUCCUGGCCACUCGCGGGGCGGGGAAAUCGGAACCCCGCUUUCCAAGAGAGCGACUGGGGCUCGGGCCACAGCCUGGGGUCCGCUGGGCGCCGGGACCUCCGAAACUGCUGCGGAAGCCGGGGUCCCACCGGGGCGGGGCGGAGCGGAGGAAGCAGUGGCUUCCCAGACCCUUUGGUCCGCAGGGGUGCGCUGGUAGGAGAGAGGCUGUGGUCUUGGGUCGUCCUCCCCACCCCAGGCCCCCAAGUCAAGGCACUGGAAUCCAAGGUGCCAUUUCCCUCGAACUUCAUCCUUUCUGGUGGCCUUGCCAUAUCACUUCUGGUCUCCAGACUCCAUUUCCUCGUCUGUAAAUGGGCAUAAUAAUAGCAUCCCCCCACCCAGGAAUAGUUGGGGUGUGGGGGGGUCCGUGAAAGCGUGCAGCUUGUCUCGACGCCGGCGUUUGUUGCUGGCAGCCGUCCCUGCCCCGAGAUCAGAGCGAGUGCCUGGCGAGCUCCAGCUGUCUCCCCACUGGAGGCGCCGCCCCUCCGACCCUCCCCGCGCCUGGAGCCCCCAGGACUCAGCCACGCCCCUAACUCACCCCGCUGGUAAAUUCGCCGCCCUCGCUGGUUUCCUCGGCCCGCGUCCUCCGCCACUUACUGCUGCACCAUGCGGUCCCUGGGCUUGGUGCUCGCCUUCCUCGACGUGCCGCUGGUGGUGCGCGCCGACUCGGAGGGUGAACACAGGACCCUGCCUUUCUGCUCUGCCUUACCCUCCCCGGACGCUCCCUCUUCUCCGCUUUAGGCCCUGCCCCUAGUUGGAGGGGUGCGACUUUUGGGGAGGAGAGGUUGGAAUUGGGGCGACAGGAGAAUAGGGUCUGCCUGGCAUCCACUGGCCAAAGCCCUGUGCUCCCACCCUUGGACCCCGGCUGGGAUGGUGCUCAGGGCCCAGAUGGCCUGCAUCAGCCCAGUCCCCUCCCACCGUCUGCAGGUGCCUGGUGCUAUGACUCCCAGGACCCAAAUUGUGGCCCCACCCACUGGAAGGAGAUGGCCCCAACCUGUGGGGGCCCAGGCCAGUCCCCCAUAAACAUCGACCUUCGCUGGGUCCAGCGGGACCCCACCCUUGGACCCUUCAUCUUCCAAGGCUAUGACUCAGCACCUCCAGGCCCGUGGACACUGGAGAAUCAUGGUCAUACAGGGGCCUACGUGAACCUGGCGUCCGCCUUCCCGCUGGCCUCGCUGCUGCUGGGCGCCUCUGGCCUCUCGCGCUUCUACCGCUACGCGGGGUCGCUGACCACGCGGUGCUGCGAGCCCGUGGAGCUCUGGACGGUCUUCGAGGACACGGUCCCCAUCGGGCGCGCGCAGGUGGCCCAGUUCCGGAUCGUGGCCCAGGCCAGGCCCCCCGGCUCCCGCCCCGCACCUCUCACGGAGAACUUCCGGCCGCAGCAGCCUCUCUGUGUACGCAGGGUUGUAGCUUCCCCCAGCGCCUCGGUCCGCGCGGCAGCCCCCACCCCGGCCCGAGGCACGGGGCUCUCCUGGGCCUGGGGCUCAGCCUGUGGCUCUGGCAGGGGCCCUAGGAUGUAG